CGGCGCGCGGAAGGGAGAGAGCGCGGGAAGCGCGGGCCAGAACCCCAGGGCUCCAUGGGCGCCCCCAGGCUCUACACCCUGGUGCUGGUGGUGCAGCCUGAGCGAGUUCUCCUGGGCAUGAAGAAACGGGGCUUCGGCGCCGGCCGGUGGAACGGCUUCGGGGGCAAAGUCGAAGAGGGAGAGACCAUCGAGGACGGGGCCAAGAGGGAGCUGCAGGAGGAGUGCGGCGUGACCGCGGACACGCUGCACAAAGCAGGCCGCAUCGUGUUCGAGUUCGAGGGCCAGCCGGAGCGCAUGGACGUGCACAUCUUCCGCGCAGACAGCGUCCAGGGGACCCCCGCGGAGAGCGACGAGAUGCGGCCUCAGUGGUUCCCGCUGGACCGGAUCCCCUUCGCCGACAUGUGGCCCGACGACAGCUACUGGUUCCCCCUCCUGCUUCAGAAGAGGAGGUUCCACGGGUACUUCAAGUUCCAGGGGCAGGACACCAUCCUGGACUACCAGCUGCGCGAGGUGGCCGACGCCUAGAGGCGGGACUGGGCCCUGCCACGGCCGGGCUCCCCGUCUGGAACCCGAUGGGAGGGGAAGGGAAAUGCAAUAAACGUCUCUUGCUUUUCCAACGUUCCUCACCAGCCCCCUUCUCCCGCCCCCACUGCCAGCCCAGGCCCGUGCUCAGGAAGCUGCCGGGUGUGCUGGGCUGCGGCCACACCACUGGGCACAGGGUGAGGGACACCGGCCAGGGGCCGGGGACAGCUCCUGUGACUGCCCCGUAGUGGCUGCGGGUGGAGGGGGCUGGCGCUGACGAGGACAGUGCCACGGGCUCCUGUUGGGGUCACACAGGUGGGCAGCACCUGUCCUCCGCACCCUCGUGACCGUGCAUGCCACACUAGGGGAAACCGAGGCACAGCCAGGGCCCAGGGCUAUGGCUCCGGUCAGCUCCACCCUGGAGGCCGGUCACCACCCCUCAGCCCAAGAGGGACGGGGGCCGCUCUCCUGGCCUCCAACCAGGAGAGGGGGCACCUCCCACUUCCACAAAGAACGCACGACUCUUCCCAACUUUUAUAAAUACGUUUAAUGGUGGUUGUGUUAGUCGAUGAA